AACGCGGUUUCCUCUCGUCCACCCUUCCUUCCCCAGUCCUCAGUCCUCAGUCUCUGAGUUAGCUCUCGCGAGGCGUCGUCUUUCAAAACUCUCUCUCUUCGGUAUCCAACACUCACUACUCGCGACUCAAAACGCACUGACUCACUGCUCACAACUCAGAUCUCUCUCUCUCUCCAGUAGCGAACCUAGGACUCCAUUUCUUCUUCGUCUGCCAGUUCAGAAACCCUAACUGGAGAUCAGAUCUAUGCGAGUUUGUGUACGUGUGAACCAGUGAUGAUAUACUUCUAGAGUUCCGCCGCAGGGAAUGACGAGCUCCGAUGAGACGAAGCGUUCGCGGCCCCCGGCACGGCCGGGUCCGUGGCCGCCGGCGCAGGAAUCUGGUUCAGUGCCGCCGUCGUCAUGGGCGAAGAGGACUGGAUUCAAGCCGAAGUUUUCUGGUGAGGCCAAUGCCAGCGACUCCGGGCAGAUUGUUCCAGCGCCGAAACCGAAAGAGGCUGAUUCUCAGCCGGAUCUUGAAGCCGGGCGUGCUAGAGUGCCUUCGGCUGCACCUGCAAAUGGUUUGCAGGAAGGGGAGAAGGUCUUGGUCCCGUCGGACAAAGAUCAGACGGUGAAGAGGAGGCGGGACUCGGAUGGGGGAGCACCGAAGGGUUCAACUCCCGGCGUGAAUGGGCAAGCCCCGGCUGCACCAGCAGAGCCACAUCCAAGGAGACCGGUGCGGACUGAGGAGGUUGUUGAUGUUUUGCCCCAAACAGUUGUCGAUGAUGGGUUUGUGGGUCGACACUCGCAUAUGAAGUACGAGCUUAGAGAUACUCCUGGGCUUGUGCCUAUUGGUCUAUAUGGGUUGCAGCAUUAUAUUUCGAUGUUGGGUUCGUUGAUUCUCAUUCCGCUUGUCAUAGUUCCAGCAAUGGGGGGCACUUAUGAGGAUACUGCGAUGUUGGUCUCUACGGUGCUGUUUGUGUCGGGAGUGACAACACUAUUACACACGUCCUUCGGAUCAAGGUUACCCCUGAUACAGGGUCCAUCUUUUGUUUAUCUGGCACCGGCACUUGCAAUAAUCAACUCCACCGAGUUCCAAGGACUGAAUGGAAAUAAUUUCAAGCAUAUUAUGAAGGAGCUGCAAGGUGCUAUUAUCAUAGCUUCAGCUUUUCAAGCAAUACUAGGAUACAGUGGACUGAUGUCAGUACUUUUGAGGUUGAUUAAUCCUGUGGUUGUAGCCCCCACAAUUGCUGCAGUUGGACUUUCCUUUUAUAGUUAUGGCUUCCCACGGGUGGGCACUUGUCUUGAGAUUGGUGCAGUGCAGAUAUUAUUGGUUAUAAUUUUUUCUCUUUACCUUCGUAAGAUAUCUCUUUUUGGUCAUCGUAUAUUUUUAAUUUAUGCGGUUCCAUUGGGUCUGGCAAUCACUUGGGCUGCUGCUUUCCUUCUGACCGAAGCAGGUGCCUACAGCUACAAAGGUUGUGAUGUAAAUGUGCCUGCCUCAAAUAUAAUAUCUGAGCACUGCAGAAAGAACAUUCCGAGGAUGAAACACUGUCGGGUUGAUACUUCUCAUGCAUUAAAAAGUUCUCCGUGGUUUAGAUUUCCUUAUCCAUUGCAAUGGGGCACUCCUGUUUUUCACUGGAAAAUGGCUGUUGUGAUGUGUGUGGUAUCCAUAGUCUCUUCAGUGGAUUCGGUCGGCUCAUACCAUGCAUCAGCAUUAUUGGUGGCAUCCAGACCUCCAACGCCAGGUGUUCUCAGCCGAGGUAUUGGCCUUGAAGGUCUUUCCGGUGUCUUGGCUGGUCUGUGGGGAACAGGAACCGGUUCCGCGACUCUGACUGAAAAUGUGCACACUAUUGCUGUGACUAAAAUGGGGAGCCGCAGAGCAGUUGAAUUAGGAGCAUGCAUUUUAAUUGUGUUGUCCCUUGUAGGUAAAGUUGGAGGUUUUAUUGCUUCGAUUCCUGAAGUCAUGGUUGCUGCUCUCCUAUGCUUCAUGUGGGCAAUGCUUGCAGCAUUAGGAUUAUCAAAUUUACGUUACAGUGAGGCAGGAAGCUCCAGAAACAUCAUCAUAGUUGGACUAUCUCUGUUUUUCUCCCUUUCAAUACCGGCCUACUUUCAGCAGUAUGGCAUUUCUCCAAAUACCAACUUGUCUGUUCCGAGUUAUUUUCAACCAUAUAUUGUGGCAUCUCAUGGACCUUUCCACAGCACAUUUGGAGGGGUCAACUAUGUUUUGAACACAUUACUGUCACUUCACAUGGUAAUUGCAUUCCUUGUAGCUGUUAUCUUGGACAAUACUGUACCUGGUAGUCGGCAAGAACGUGGGGUGUACGUGUGGUCUGAACCUGAGGCCGCAAGGAGGGAGCCUGCUGUUGUUAAGGACUAUGGAUUGCCUUUCAGAGUCGGGCGAGUUUUCAGAUGGGUGAAAUGGGUUGGGCUUUGAGAACUACAGGUUUUUUUGUUGAUUCAGCUAGCCAUCAUCAAGUUGUCAAGCUUAUCACCCACGACAUUCCCAAGGGAAGUGGGUUGUGAUUUUGAAUGCAUGUCCCCUGGGUUCAAUAUUGGUUCUGAGAACAGUUUCUAAAAUUAUUUUUUGAAAUACACGGGCGGGACAUUUUGGGAAGCAUAGGUCUCAUGGAGGGAGGAGUUAUUUGUGUACAUGAGGAUCCAGGAGGGAUCUGCUUGUGUUGUAAUUUUAUAUUAUGAACAGCGUAUCUAGUUUUGAGUCAUUUGACAAUGUUCAGACGGCCUUUUGUCAUUUGUAUGUAUUCUUUCCUAACUAGCUUCUUGACAGUCUUUCAUGAGCAAGAGGAUAAUUUAUAUUGAUAUGGAAAUUAUAUUCUUUA